AUUUUAUUUGACAUUUUAGUUGGCUACGAAAAACGCGACUAACUACUAAGUGCGUGUGUGUGAAUGUUAUAAAAUUUUCAUUUGAUUUUUUAAAAGAAAUUGUAUAAUAUUUAGUUAAAAUCCGAUAAAAUAAUUGUUAAAGAAUAUGCCGAAAUGUCCGCAAAUCGAUAAAAUAUACGGGUAGUUGGUGAUUUUAACAGUGAAAGCAAACAAAAAUAAAAGUGUCAAGUGAUUGUCGGUCUGAAGAGAAGUGAAUAGAGGAGAUUGGUGUGGUGUAAAGGAAUAAGAUGCAAAAGUAAAAUUUGCAAAUUGCAAAAAUGCAAUGUCUUAAAGAUAUCAUAUAUUGUUUAUGAAAUAAAAUCUACUAAGUGUUGAGUUGUUGUUGUUAUUCCUAUUGUGGAAAAAUGCGUUUCAAUUUGCUUUGGACCCAUUGGAGUCUGCUGUUCAUAACGCUGAUAUCGAGUUGCUUCCUGUUUUAUGUUGUUGCCUCCGAGAAUGUAAGACAGCAACAUGCAGUGACACAUGAAUAUAUCAACAGCAACAACAAGAAGUCGACGACGACAAAUGACGCCACAUUGGCAUCAGAUUACUCCCCCAACUCUGCUUCUCCCUCACCACCUGCAGCAGCAACAACGAGAAGUAACGUCGACAGAGGAGAGGCCAGCAUAAAAUCAGCUGAUUACUUAAUAAAAAAUAAUAAACCCCCAUUGAAUGGAAAUCGCCGAGCAAAAACGUUAAAUAUUUUACCAAAUUAUAAAAAAGUGAAAAAAUUGCUUGGUUUUCGAUCAACGCCUCCUAGUCAAGCAGCACCUUCGCCCCCGACGGCGGCGCCAGACAGUCAAGUGCCUGGAGGCCAACAACAUGAACAAAACUUAUUUAAUUUACUCGUAGAUACUCCCAGUCCCAAAGUUCCCAUUACAGCAAAUAGUGAUCCUAGCAAUAAUGAUAGGCCUCCUCCGCUAGCCAAUGAAAAUGAUAGUGUGGAGAAUAGUAAUUUAGAAUCUAGUGAAAAUGUUAAUGACAAUGUCAUUGUGUCAAAUACCGGUAAAGAUGGUAAUUUGGAGGUGGAUACCAGAGGUGGUGAUCCACUAGAGGUGGAACAACAAGAACAGCAUUUGCCAAAUAUUGUGGCCGAAAGCAGCAGCAGCAGCAGCAGUAACAACAACGACGACGACAAUGAACACAAGAAUCGUGUUGACAAUUCUGAUUUUGAUGAUAAUGCCGGCACCGGCACCAGCAAUGAUGGUGAAACACAAAGUCUGCCAGAUAUCACCGACAUCCCCACAGUUACCAUUACCGAAUUGCCUUUGGAAAUUCUCCAGCCACCACCUCAGAAUUCCAUGGACUCGGUAAUAAUUGCCGCCGAUGGCCAGCCGGCCGGUGAUGGACGUGUUCUCAAUCACACCCUGGACAUCGUUGUGGGUGUUAGUGAUGAUGAUGAUGUUAAAAAAGAUGGACAAAUUGUAAAAAUCAAUGAUUCCGGUGGUGGUUCUGGUGACGGUUAUAUGCCAAUAGCACUUAAUAUAGAAAAUCCCGAAGUAAACACAGCCACACCUUCUACACCAACACCAACAGCAACAUCAUCAUCUGCAACAACAACAACAACCGUAAACAUUCCAAAUGAUCUAAGCAGUAAUGCAACCGUACAAGAACAUCCCUCUUCAGAUUCAUCUUCUCACACAGACAGUGGCGGCGGUGGUGUGGAUCAUCAACCCAACAUCAGCUCAUCGCAGGCAUCAUCGACUGAAAAUACAGCCAGCCAAGUGAAUCUCACCACUGAAGAAAAUCCAAUGCCUGUGUUCUCCGAAUGGGCCCAAAAACAAAUGGAAGAGGCCGAAAAGCAAGCCAUGGAACAGGAGCACACCUUCAACAAUUCCGCUCAACGCAAGAACAACACCAAUGGCAAUGGAAAACCGGCCUCUUUGAAAAUUCGUGCAAAAAAUUAUGCCUCACCCGAUUGUGGGGCGAAAAUUAUUGCCUCCAGUGGUGACACCUCAAAUGCGGGGGCCGUUCUCAGUUCAUCGAAGGAUGAGUACAUGUUGAGUCUGUGUGGCAAACGUAUAUGGUUUGUGGUGGAGCUGUGCGAGGCCAUACAGGCACAGAAAAUCGACUUUGCCAAUUUUGAGUUGUACUCAUCGUCACCCCAAAAUUUCACCGUGGCCGUGUCGAAAAGAUUCCCCACCCGCGAAUGGUCAAAUGUGGGACGUUUUGUGGCGGAGGACAAGCGGGCAGUGCAAAGUUUUGAUUUACAUCCCCAUUUGUUUGGGAAAUUCGUACGAGUCGACAUACAUUCGCACUAUUCCAAAGAGCACUUUUGCACGCUUUCGUUAUUUCGUGUUUUUGGUACUUCAGAGUUUGAGGCUUUCGAAACGGAAAAUCACCCGAAUGAAGAUAUAGACGAUUUCGAUGAUGAAGAUUUGCAGGAGCCGGCAAAAAGCCAGUCAGAACCCAAUCUAUUCAAAUCAGCAUCUGACGCAGUGCUGUCCAUUGUCAAGAAGGCCACGGAGUUGGUGGGCAAGCCCUCAAACAAUCAAAAUCAAACAUUUAAAGCCCCUCCCCAAACGGGGGUCUGUCAUACCCCCAUGUAUGGUCUAUUCAGCUGUGCUGAAUGUCCCUCGUCACUGGUGGAACGAGUCAACAAUGCCUUGUCCUGUGAAUUUCGACAAUUGAAUUCAUUGCUGAAUGUGCCGCACAUAAGACAUGACCUGAUAUCCACAAGGAUAUGUGCCAAAAUGUAUGGCAUUGAAACGGCGGCAGCCACAAUUCAACACCAACAACAAUCACAGCAGUUCAAGGAUAUCAAACAAAGUUUUUAUGUAAAUAUUUUACCCAAUGACUAUGUGGGUGCCCUCUGUCAACUCUUAGCUAUGCCCAAGGCCGCCACAAACAAACACCUCCAUCAUUCUCAUCAUCAGCAUCAUCUUGCCAUCAACGAAACGGAAAAGACCAAAAAAGAAGAAACCAGCACAAAUCAAACACUAGACAAGAAAUUCGGCAAAGAAGACCUAGAACUUUUGGAUAAACCCGAAACGAAACUGAUACGACCUGCUGCAGAAACGCCAAUUGUACGAAACGAUAAGUCUGAAGAAAACAUUCGUAUGGAAUCCCUGGAGACCUCGACGGAAGUGCCACUAGACGAUAGUCCACAACAACAGUUACCUAGACCCUUAGAACCAACCGAAGAUGUGGAAGUAACCACAGCAUCGACACCUAACCAUGUAGUAGAGCAACCUAGUAUACCUGAUAAAAAUAUAUUUAAUGUACCUGUCGAAGAGCUAUAUGUCCCAGCCCCAAGCGCACCAUCACCGUCAUCCUCAACCCCAACGCAUUUAGAGACUGAAGUAAAUGAAACGCCAAAUGGCAUGGAAUCAGAUGCACCGCCCAGUUCAUCCGAAAGUUUGGAACACACCACCCCCCUACCGCCGUCGCCAUCAGGCAGCCCCUCAUUGCCGAAAAUAGUAGAGAACAUACCCACAGCCAACACACCAAUGCCAUCACAAACGCCAUCAAUUGCCGCACCACCACAUGCAACACCACCCUCACAAACAGUCACUCAAAAAAGUGAGGAGGAUUCAAAUUCAUGGGAAAAUAUUGAUAUUCUAUUGACAUCGACACCGGCCUCAACGACGGUGCCCGGUAGCAGUGGCGGUGGUGGUGGGGGUUUUAAGGAUGGGGGUUCUGCCUCGAAUCAACAACACAAUGGAGGUGGUGCCGCCACCGGAAGGGAUGCAAGGGACCUCAAUCAGAAAAUAUCGAAUGGUCCCCAAUCGGAAAGUGUUUUCAUUCGACUUUCCAAUCGCAUUAAGGCACUCGAACGUAACAUGUCUCUCUCCGGUCAAUACCUUGAAGAACUAUCGCGACGCUACAAGAAACAAGUCGAAGAACUGCAACAGACACUGACACAACAAACUCUGACCGUACGCACACUGGAGGAACAAAAUCGUCGCCACCAUGAAUUGGAACAGUUGUACGCGCAACGUAAUACCCAACUCAAAAAUGAACUGGAUGACCUAACACUGCAGGUUCAUGCCUGCAUUGUUGUCAUCAUCUUUGUGGGUGCCUUUGUAUUCCUUGUCCUGAUGGUAGGCAUACUCUUCUAUCGUUCGCUGAGACGUGACACCAAAGAGGUACUGGCUCUGUAUGGUAAAAAUAAUGGCAAACGAAAAUCAGAGGCAUCGGCGACGGCAAGUAUUCAAAAGAAAUUAAAUCGUCGCAAAUCAUUUGAGGACUAUUCGGAUCAUCAGCAGCAGCAACAGCAGCGGCGCGAACAAUAUGUCCGCAGUGUCAGCAACAGUGAUAAAAUACGACGACCCAGUGAGGAAGCUAUGCUUAUUUUGAAGGAAUGUAAAUGUGAUAAUAAAUCCAUGGUGGUUGGGAAACCACCCCGCGAUGUAGAAACCGAAAAUUCUUCAACACGACAAAGGAAAAUUUCCAUUUGUUAUGGCAGCAAUAAUAAUAUCAAUUCGGGCAACACUGGUCUCCUGUGUCCACCAUCAUUGCAAGCAACACAAAAAUCCUCUGCUGCUGCGGCAAGACGUAGAGGUGAGAAACAUUCAUGGCCCAAUACAGCCCAGGCCCAACAGCAGGCAUUGCAGCACUUGCAGGAACUAAAUAACGAAGAUAUUGGAGAUUACCCUGAAAAAUCUUCACCCAGGCCGAAAAAAUCCCAGCUAAUAAACGGUUCACAUGCCGCUGCGGGUGUCGCCGCUAACAAUAUUAAAUCGAAAAAGAAAAAAGACUAUUUGAGACGACAGGAAUCGUCUCCACCAGAAAAUAUUGGGCCACAUCAACAGCUAAAUCACACGGCACCUGCCGAGUUGCCAAGUGCCGGGGAGUAUGACGAGAAACUGAUGCUGGACGAAGAUGAUUUGGAUAAUUUUAUACCCAACAAUGAUUUGGCCUACAAUGAGUUCAUGCCAGACGGGCCGCGUGGCUAUCAGUGUCACAAUGUGGCGGACAACCAACAACAUAUAAAUGCCAACAAUCCUGCCUCCUCAUCCUCCUCCUGCUCCACGUCAGCAACGUCGAAAAAGUCCCAGCUAACACCGACCUCAAAAUCCGAGGGCAAUAACAAAAAAGCACGUCGACUAUCUUCGCCAGUUUUCUUCAAAUCGCCAUUUACCAAAUCAUUCAAAGGUAAACUAAACUCCUCCUCCUCCUCAUCCAAAACCAAUAAUGCACCACAUGAAUCAACAUCAUGGGAAUGGUAUCGUUUGCGUAAAUCAUCAUCGGCUAAUAGUGCUAAUAAUGCCAGCGUUAAUAACCCGCAUAAUGCCUAUUUACGUGUCUCACCCAAUGCCAGUUUGGACUCAUCGUCGUUGUCCGAAAUUAACUUUCCCACUAAUUCCACAGAAAACUCAUUUCGCAUUUUAGAAGAGGCUAUACUAUCGUCGGGUGAAAGUGCCAUUACCACCACGGGAUCAUCGUCGACAAAUGGCAAUAAUAAGAAACGUCUCUGUUGCAAGUCUACGGACGGCCCCUGCCCCCACAACUGUGGCAGUGGCUGUAGUAGUGGCAUUAGCAGUAGCAGUAAUAGUAAUCGUAGUUCAAGUUCUUCAAAUGCCUCAUCAUCCAAUCAAUCGAAAUCGAAGAAAAAUCGUAGUUUUAAUAAAAUAUUUCGCAAAGUGUUUUGAGUUGUGGCCAAAACAAAACGCCUAAUGACACGGAUCCAGAAAAAUCUAUUGUGUAGAUGUUGAGUGAGGAGAAAAAGUGAUUCUUUUUUUUCCAACAUAAAAAUUGGUUAGUCCAGUUGUUUUGAUAUUUUUAAUAUAUAUUUUUUUAAUUACAUUUGUGUAAAUAUAUUUGUUUUAGAUUUUUGUUUGUUAGAUUAUUGUCAUAGAGCAAUCAACGACGCCAUGUUAUGAAAAAUAAAAAAUCGAAAUUGAAACGAAAUGAAAUGAAAUGAAUUGCAAAUUGUUAAGUCAGGCGAUCCAAUUUGGUAUUUCAUUUAAUGGACAGUUCUUGA